UGUUUGAUUUGAAAUCACAAUACGUGAACGAAAGUAUUUUAUCACGAAUCCUUUUGGUUCUUGCUGUCUCUCUUCGAUUUUGUUACGGGACUACGUAGAUAACAACGUGGGAAAAUUGCUUUGAGCGAUAUGGAUGCAGAUACAGAGGUAGACCUCUCAAGUGACGAUGAGAGCGAUAUGGACGAAGAGGAAGCAGCAGCAAAAGAAAUAUUGCUGAAUGAAAUUGCUGACCUUGAGAACAAGUUGAGGAAGAAUCCCUUUGAUUAUGAUGCGCACGUUGCUCUGGUGAAGCGUAGGGCCUUGCUGAAAGACAUUCCCAAGUUGCGGGCAGCUUAUGAGGCGAUGAGCAAGGCGUUCCCAAUGACAGAUGAGCUCUGGUUGCAGUGGAUACAUGUGGAAGUGGAGCAAACUGAAGAGCUUGAGGACAUUGAAUUUAUUAGUGAACUCUUCUCAAGAGCCACCAAAGACUACUUAUCUGCGAAGCUGUGGUCGCAGUACUGCCAGUUCAUAUGCCAGAUGAAGGACAGCCUGCAUGAAGGUGACAUUGAGUGUGCGUAUAGUCGAGUGCGUGACGUCUUCGAGCAAGCACUAAUGGCAUGUGGCCUGCAUGUCACAUCGGGAUACGCUGUAUGGGAGUGCUACCGUUUGUUUGAAGCUGAAGUACUUGAAACCUAUGAGGAGGACUUGGGCGAGCUCGAUUCUAACUGUGACGCCUAUGCAGAUAAGGAGAAACUAAUCCAAGCCCAAAAGCAGCGUCUCCUAUCAUUGUAUCGGAGGCAGGUCAACGUUCCACUCAUCGGUCUUGAGGGCUGUGCACAAGAUUAUGAAUCUUGGUCCAAUCAACCAUUGCCAGCACCUUUGAGGAACUCCAUGGAGAAGUCGAUUGCGGAGCGCGACCUGUAUCAGAAAUACGAAGAUGCCUUGACCAACGCAGAGCCACCUCGUCUUCAGCAGUAUUUGGAUUACAUUGCAUUCGAGAGCGAACGAGGCACGCCUGCCCGUAUUCAGUGUAUCUACGAGCGUGCUUUGACCGAGAACUGCUUACAGUCUGACCUCUGGCGCCAGUAUGGGCAGUGGCUGGACACUAAGCUGAAGGACAGUCGCACAUGCCUCUCAAUGUAUGAAAGAGCUGUCAGGAACUGCCCGUGGAUUGUCACCCUAUGGCAAGCACGCUUGCUGGCACUCGAGCGCCACUCCAAAUCAGACAUGAUUAAUGAUGUGUUUGAACUUGCUAAGCAGGCAGGCCUGCAGAGCACUGGCAACCUGCAGUUGUGGAAAACCUACUGUGAUAUCACACGCCGCGCAAUGGAUAUCUCCUCUCCAGACUCAGUGGAAGCACUCCGCACAGCGGUCAAUGAAGCGUCUGCCUUUAUGCAAGAAUGGUUUGGUGACGCAGGCGACCCGGAAUGCUCGUUACUUCGCUAUCUUGCACGGAUCGAGGCGGAACAGCUGGACAACUUUCCGAGGGCGCAAGAAAUCUGGCGAAGCAACGUUCUUGUUAAGGGCCGUGGCAAGUCAUCUGCCUUAUGGCUGGAAUAUUCCACCUUGACUCGGUAUUACGGUAAUGUGGAGUCAUGUCGCAAAGUACUCUAUCAGGCUGUGCAAUGUGCCAGCGAUGAUUGCGACGCUGUAUGUAGAGCAUUACUCGACUUUGAGGCUGAGCGAGGUACCCUAGCUCAGUUCGAUGCAGCCCAGGCACGGUGCAACGCGCAGCUUUUCAGAGUUCAAGAGCGUGUUGUCCAGGCUGAGGAAAAGGCUGCUCAGACAGAGGCAGACCAGCAAGAGCAGAAACGUGCUGCACGUACCGAGCGUAAGCAGCAGAAGAAGUCCGACAGACAGCAAAGCAAGCCCAAGCCCGACACACCGAUCAGAUUGCCACAGAAACGAAAGGCCGAGUCUUUCUCCAGCUGUGAAGAUUCCGGUAGUCGCUCUGUGCAGAUCCUGCCUCCGCGCAAGAAAAGUGUCCAGCCUGGCUCAACAAGUGAGGAUGGAUUUCAAGUACCUCUUCUGCCCUCGUCCUAUGAGAGAGAAGACCAGACGACCACUACAACUGCAUCACAUGCGGCCGCCACUGAUGGUGGAUCACCUGUUUUUGACAGAUAUCAAGAUGGUGGUAAUGGUAGACAUGCUGUUGCAGCUGCGGGCAUUGAGGAAUCCAUGGACACUGGAAGAGGGAAUGGAGCUGACUCUAGCAAUAGUGCAGACCCCAACGGUUCUCGACCAAAGUUUGAUUUUAAUCCAGAGAAUAAGAAACAAACCAUAUUCGUCAGCAAUUUAGCAUUUGAUGUGAAUGACACCGACUUGAGAGAAGUUUUCGGCAAGCUCGGUGACAUCGCUGACGUACGAAUCGUGCGUCGGCGGCAGGAUGGCAAGAAGAACUGCUAUGCGUACGUGGAGUUCUCCGACCAGGGACCAAUUGAAGCUGCUCUGAAGCUGGAUCGAGAGGCACUGGACGGUCGACCAAUGUUUGUAUCACUGUGUGUGGACAAGGAUGAAGGCUCCAAAACAGCAUACAGAUACUCUAGAUCGCUGGAUACAAAGACCUUGUAUGUCAGUCAACUGCCCUAUGAAAUGACCAAAGAACAGAUCAAGGAAUUGUUCAGCAAGCAUGGUACUGUCGUUGAUGUUCGCCUGAUGACCAAUAGGUCCGGCACGUCUCGCGGUUUCUGCUACGUGGAAAUGGAGAGUGAGGAGCAAGCAUCGAUUAGCAUCCUGAAACUUGACCAAUAUGUACACAAGGGCAGACGGCUUGGCGUAGCACUCUCCAACCCGCCCAAGCGCAAGGAGGAUAAAGUCCCUGCCCUGGGGGCUGGGCCAGGGCGACCUGCUGCUGCGCAGAGAUCUCGGCCGGCUGCUGCAGACGGCUCCAUCUUUGCACAGAGCCGUGGUAAAUCCCGGACACAGAUAUCGUUACUCCCUCGUUCCGUUCGUGGAGGUGGUGCUGGCAGUGCAACGAGCUCAGAGAAGAAGGAACAGUCUGAGAAAACUAACCCUAGUUCAUCCAUAGAUAGCCAAGCACCUGCCAGUAGUGAUAGUGGCAGUGGUGAUACAGGCAAUAGCGCAGCUGACAGUGAACAGGCUGCCCAGAAACCUAUGAACAAUACUGACUUCAGAAACAUGCUCCUGGGGGCAAAGAGCAACUAGUGGCACAGCAGGCAGGCUGUGUGGCAGCUGUGCAGCAGCUGUGCAGCAGCUGUGCUCGCACUGUGAGAGAUGCGAAUAGUACUUGCAUGCUGUACCCUACCCCCCCCCCCCCCCACACACACACACGCAUGCUGGCUAUGCACCGUCACGCAUUGUAUACUGAUGUUUGUCCGUGAAGUCCUGUUCCUCUGGCUUUGUUUGUCAGUCCACUAGGUCCUUGAAUGUCCACGAUGGUGCUUUUGCACACUGUGUAGCAUGUUUUCUUUUUCUUAUUUCAAGCAGCCUUCUUUUACCCUACUUAGACACGAUGACCUCACAAUGACCUGAUUUGGGCUUGGUUUUAACACUACUUCUUUGUAUGUGACUGCGCUCUUUAGCAGCUCUUUCUUUUAUUUCUUUUCUUUUUAGUCUAUGUGCUGCUCCCCCUUGCACAGAUUUAUCCGGUCCAGUGUCGUGAAUGAGGUCACCACUGCCUCUGGUCAAGAACGUAAUCUAUUGAAAAUUUAUUUGUGUUGUGAAAAAAAGGACGACGUGUGUUUCUGGACUGCCCGGCAGAGCAUGGCGAUUGCCCCCGUGCCAUGCCAUGCUGGCGAAUCUACAGCACAUGUGCAGGCAGGGGGAAAUGGUUACUUGCUUGGGGAUUCUCUGCUGUGGUUCUCUGCCUGCUGCUCGGGCCUCUUCUUCUUCUUCCUUGCUUUUUGGCACCAUCCGUACAACUAACUGUU